CAACCAGACGUCCUUCCGUGUGACCUGGCCCCGUCCCUCUGUGCUGGUGGAUGGCUACCAGGUGGCCCUUAUCCCCCUGGACGAGCCAGCAGCGAUGACCACCCAUGAGCUGCCUGGCUCCGCUGUCACCUUCGAGGUGACAGGACUGGCACCCGGCCACGCCUUCGAGCUCUUCAUCCAGGCCCAGCGGGAGCAGCACCUUGGGGCGCCCAGCACCCUGCGCGUCCGCACCCUGCUUGCUCAGACUCUGCCCACCCACGGGGGGUCCCCAGGGUCGCCUCAGGGUUCCCUGGGGUCCCCGGCAUCACCAGUGGCCCCAGCAUCACCAUCAGCCCGAGGGUCUCCGGCAUCCCCAAGGUCCCCAGUGUCACCAGCAUCCCUGGGGUCACCAGGGUCCCUGGGAUCACCGGCAUCACCAGUGUCACCGGAUGCAUCCUUGGGGUCAUCAGGGUCUUUGGGGUCACCAGCUUCCCCAGCAUCUCCAAGGUUUCCAGCGUCCCCAGUAACUCGAGGGUCCCCGGGGUCCCCAGCAUCCCCGAGGUCCCCAGUGUCACCAGUGUCCCCGGCAUCACCAGUGUCCCCAGAAUCCCAGGGGUCAGCAGUGUCCCCAAGGUCGCCAGAGGCACCAGUAUCCCCAGUGUCCCCAAGGUCACCUGCAUCUCCACGGUCCCCAGCAUCACCACAGUCCCCUGUAUCACGUCCAUCUCCGUGGUCCCCAGUGUCCCCAGCAUCCCCACUGUCCCCAGUGCUCCCGGGUGGCCCAUCCCUGCAUGACCUGGGGGCCAAGCUCUCCUCCUACAAUGGCUCCUUGCUGCAGCGCCUGGAGAGCCACCUCCAGGCUACGAACUUCCCCCUCCGGGGCAACCAAACGGAUCCGGAGGGGGCCGAGGGGGAGCUACAGGUGCCAGGGGACACGGCGGUGGCCCGGGUGCCAGGGCUGGUGCCGGGGGCCAUGUACCGGGUGGAGGUGCACGGCGUGGUGCGGGGGCACAUCUCCAAGUCCUACACAUUCCUGGUGACGGCAGGUGGGUGA